AUGCCGGAGCAUCACCACCACCCACGCCCGUCGACCAGCCAUCCCUGCCGUGCUAAUCCUGCCCACGCACGACUCCGUACUACAAAGAUGGGAUGGACACGCUGUUAUUGGAUUGCCGUGAUGCCGCGGUCCAAGCAAUUUACUCCGUACUCACAUCCCCGACGUCGAGUGGAGCGACGUGGAGCUUGCCAACGUGCGUCGUAA